CAUGAAACACACUAAUACCAGAAUACUAAUAAUAAUAUAUUUUAACUUCCUUUUUAUUUAUGGAUCAUUAAAUAAUGUGGAGCCGUUUUGCCAGUUAAGGAUUACAACUAAUAAAAAUCUAUUUUUUAAAGCAUGUUUUGGUGUUCCCUACGCAUUACCCCCUGUGGAAGAUUUGAGAUUUAGGCUACCUAUAGAGUGUAAUAACUGGUUUAAUCAUUUAAAUUUCACGAAGGAAAAACUUCCCUGUAUUGGAUUUAAUGUUAAAGGACAUGAAGACUGUCUUUAUUUAAAUAUCUUUACUCCCAUUACGAAAAACAAUUAUUUAUCAGUGAUAGUUUGGAUACCGGGCCAAUUUUUCCUAAACGCUGAUACAACAUUUUUAUCAAAUGGACCUGAUUAUUUUAUAGAACAAGAAGUAAUUUUUGUAACUGUUAGCUAUCGCCAAGGACUUUUUGGAUUUGCCAGCACUGAGGAUGAGGUGUUGCCAGGAAAUAUGGGAAUUGCAGAUAUUUUUGCAGCUCUUAAAUGGAUUAAAAAAUAUAUAAAAAAAUUUAAUGGUGAUGGAGAUAAUAUAACAAUUAUGGCACAUGGUUCUGGAGCUGUGUGUGUUUCUAUUUUGCAACAAAAUUACUUAUCCAAAGGGUUGUUUCAAAGAAUAAUUCUACAUAGUGGAAGUUCCCUAGUGACUUGGGGACGAUCAGAAAAUAGUAAAAGGUUUAUACUAAAACUAGGAAAAGAACUUAAUUUGAAUACAAAUAGUACUGAUUCGUUAGUAAACUCUCUUAGAUGUUAUAAAAAUAUAUCACGUUUACACAAAACUACGAAAAAAGUGUACAAAUCUUUUCUAAAAGAUAUAAAUCCUUUAAAUGGUAAUAUCAUUGGACCUGUUUUAACUAAUAAUGGAAAAUUUCUUAGCGGGCCUGCUCAUGAAAGUUUCUUCCAAAAUAAUUUUACUUCAGUCCCGAUCAUUAUAGGAUAUACAGUUUUGGAAGCAAUAUCUGAUUCUAUACAGUAUAUAUCAGGAUAUGUAAGUAAAAUGAAUAGCACGGAUUUUUAUAUGUCGUCUAUAAAAGCUGACGAAAAAUACAAAGAUAAUAUAGGAUCCAUGAUUGAGAAGAACUACUUUAUGCCAGGAGUUGAAAAAAAUAUACUGAGAAGCCUAAGGGUAGUUAGUUUUGCUCCUAGAUCCAUUCUGGUCCAUCGAUCACAUGCCAACAAAUUAUCUAUUUCGUCUUAGUCACAUUUAAUAAACUAUUAUCUUUACUAAUGUUAUUAUUUAUAUGAUAUUUUAGUUUGUUUCUGAAGCAAUAUUCAUUAAACCAAUUCUGGAGACUUCUAGAUUAAUGUCGUUUUCAUCUCCAGUGUACUUGUAUCAAUUUAGUAAACAUGGAUAUUUUGAGGAAGGCAUGGAAUAUCCUGAUCCAGGACAUGAAGCAGAAUUACCUUAUCUAUUUAGUGGAUAUAGAGAUUAUCCUGUUGUUCCACCUGAUGAUCCAACUAGAAUAAGCCUGAUACAAUUUUGGACGAACUUUGCAAAAUUUGGCUGCCCAACGCCAUAUAGGUAUGACAAUUUUACAUGGGUAAAAGUUAAUGAAGUGGAUGAUAAUAUAGUAUAUGCAAAUAUAGAUAUUAAAAUAAGUUUAAAAUCAAACCCAUUUAAAGAA